AUGUCGUCCGCCAUUCUUCUAUAUCUGUUGGCUACAGCCACCUUACUCUCUGCCUUGAUUGUCACCAUUCUCAAUGGCCUUGCCUACGCGACCUUACAAUCCUUACCAUCCUACACUCUUGCGAUGGGAUUGGCUCCCGUCGUACUCAGCAUUGUGACCUGCAUGUCUGUGCUUGUGCUGGUGUUGCUGCUUCACCAACAUGUUCGCAGUAAUUCUUCGUGGCCGAGAUGGAAGAUUGGCGUUUUCUACUUCACUGGCGCAUACCUCCUCGUCGCCGCGGCGUCCGUCGCAGGAACUAUGGCCAACAAUGACCUUGCCAGCUCACUCGCCCACAGUCAAUUGUUGAUUGCGCGCUCAAUCUUCUGGGCGAUCUCGAUCAUCACCCAAGGUCUAUACUACGGGUUUCUUCUGGUGACUUUGGCACAACGAAAACCCUGUCCAGAUUGGCCGCGCUCGUACUCGCAUGAGCUGAAAUCACUGCGUGACAGUGCUGAGCCCAUCUCCCCACCAGCUCAAACGGUCUGCGGCCCUUUUCCUGAUCUCCAGCACUUCGAUACCCGGCGAUCCUCUCUCCGCAAGUUUCCCCGACGUUCUAAUCGCUUCUCCGGCGGCACGUUAUGCCUCGAUGGCACUCGAGACGCCGAACACCACUCAUUUGAUACUAAUUCGUCCACCCGAUCCUCACUGGAACCCUCUCGCACGCAGGAGCGGACACCCGAGGCUUCGUUUACUUCAUUGGCUCCCGAGCGGGACACUCGGCCUCUUCUUGCACGAGGCAAUGGCAGUUUCCGCAGUAUGCCCAGUCUCCGGCGACCCCAGCACAUCCAGGCUUCAUUAGACAGCCUCGUCCAAAGGCCGCUGUCCCCGACUGCAUCGAGCAUCCAACCCGAUUCGCCGUCCAGCUCGACAUUCAAUCUUGUGCCCGAGAGCAAUUUUGGGUCCUCUCGCGACUCUCGCGAGCACCACAUCCACCCACUCUUUCGAUCGACAAGCCCGUGCCCGUCGCCCACUCCGACUCCAGGGACGAUGGUGAAAGCGUCCCCAUCCGCGGGCCAAACCAUCACGGUGAAGACCCUGACCCGCAUGCGAUCCGCCCGAUCGCUGCGCGAGACGGGCAUGCGCACCCCGUCGCCCUUCUCGCCUGUCGGCGCCUCGGACGUGGACCAGCCACGCACGCGACAAGAGUUCGGAUCGGGGCGGUCGUUGAUCCACGCGGGCCAUGUGCGACGCAGCAUCACGCAGUAUGAGAAGCGGUAUGACUUGAAAGAAUGGACGGAGGAGAAGUAA